AUUCUGCAGCACAAUUGCGGCAUUUGCUGCCCAGAAAUGUACAAUUCCAGCAGCAGCACGUACACCUAAUAUUGGCACAGGUGCCAUUAGCUUUUCUUUUACCGGCGGUGAAAGACUUACAUACGAUUGUAUUCUGUUGGUAUCCAACUCCUCCAGAACCAGCCAAAAUUCACACCUUCCAUACUUAUUCGUACAUAACUUUUUCUUCGUCUUCAAUCAUUGAUAUCUUUUGUCUUGUGGCUUUCUGUUCCACAGUUGAUCAGUACUUUUUCACUGUUUUAUCCAAUUCUUGGUAAUUUUAGUAGUAUAUAUAUGGUGGGUUUUUCUUGUCUUCCUCAACAACUGCCUUCAUCAUUGUUGUUAGUAUUAUUUGAGACAGCCCAUGAAUUCUCUACUGGUGUUAGGUGCUACUGUUUAGAAUUGACAGAAUUAGCAUCUGGGCUGUUGCUAUUUUUGGGUUUGGAAGGUUUGGAAAAAUGUCCCAGAAGCGACAACAGCAGCAGCAAGAAGAGAGUUGCAAGACUCAAUCAGAUGGUGAUGACUUUGCCUCUGAUGACAAGAGGAGAAAACUCCCUUCUCUUAAUAGCAUCGGAGUUAAUAACCUUGCGUAGAAUGCAAAAAUUGAUCGAGCCAGCUUUGGAGCCAAUGAUCCGUAAAAUUGUGAAAGAGGAAGUUGACUUGGCAAUGAAAAAGUACUUGAUCAGUAUAAGAAGGACUUGCGGGAAAGAGAUUUGCCCUUCUGAAUCAGGAAGUUUACAGUUACAGUUUCUAAGUGGCAUCUCUCUUCCAGUUUUUACUGGAACACGUAUAGAAGGCGAGGAUUUUAACAAUCUACAAGUUGCCUUAGUUGAUCCUUUUACUGGGCAAGUUGUUUCCAUUGGUCCUCAAUCUGCUGCAAAGGCUGAAAUAGUAGUUCUUGAGGGAGAUUUUGAUGGUGAUGAAAGCGAUAAUUGGACCUUUGAAGAGUUCAAGAAUAAUAUUGUCAGAGAAAGGGAAGGCAAGAAACCCCUUCUUACUGGGGAUGCUUUUUUGACUCUUAAAGAGGGCAUUGGUGUGGUCAGUGACAUAUCUUUCACAGACAACUCAAGCUGGACAAGAAGCCGCAAAUUCAGGCUGGGGGCAAGAGUUGUGGACAAUUCUGAUGGUAACAGAGUGAAAGAGGCCAAAACAGACUCCUUCAUUGUCAGGGAUCAUCGUGGAGAAUUGUACAAGAAGCAUCACCCUCCUUCUCUGGCAGAUGAAGUAUGGCGCCUAGAAAAGAUAGGAAAAGAUGGAGCUUUUCACAGACGUCUGAGCAAAGAAAGAAUCAAAACUGUGAAGGAUUUCCUUACCCUCUAUUUUGUUGAUCCUGCAAGGCUUCGAAAUAUCCUUGGGACAGGCAUGUCAACUAAAAUGUGGGAAGUGACAGUCGAUCAUGCCCGGACUUGUGUACUUGACAAGGAAUUGCACUUCUACUAUCCGUCCGGAUCUCAGCAUAAAAAGGGUGUAGUUUUUAAUGUUGUAGGAGAGGUGAUGGGUUUUGUCUCUGAUUGCCAGUAUAUUACCCAUGAUAAGCUGUCUGAAACAGAAAUGGCUUAUGCCCGAGAUCUGGUGGCUGCUGCUUACAGGCACUGGACUGACGUGGUUUCAAUUGAUGACGAGGCCUCGCUUAUGGAUGGUUCUUUAUUCUUGUCUACCAUAGAAUACUCCUCGAAUCCUCCUAUGCUCGAUGGCAGCAAGGUUCUGAAUUCUCAUAAGAGUAGCAAAUGUGAUUAUCCAGAACCAACUGCCUGUUCUGAUAUCAUGCCAUCCAUGUAUUCACUCGGGGGUUUAACCAACCUGGAUGAAUAUGACCUGCCCAUUAUGGACUCUAUGGAGGUUAGAUUUGACCACCCUUUGAACAUUCCUGGCCAAGUCACGAACAACACGAUAUGUGACACAGACUCCAUGACACAAGCUUUCUACGAGGAUGAGCACCUACAAUUUUUUGAUUCUUCAAAUUUGGGGCCAUCCACUGGUCUGAAUACUGCUGUUAGUUGCUUUCUGGGGCGUCCGAAGAGGAGAUGGAAAAUGCUAUUCAGUGUCCUGAGAUGGUUUUCGAUAAGAAGGUUGGUUGCAAGAAAAUCUAGAGUGAAAGAAGUAAAAAGAUACUGUUAACAGCAACUGUUUGCUUUGUGCUACAAAUGCAUUUCCAGUUAUCGGCUGUAGAUUUUUUCUGGAAGGAACUGUCCCCUUUCCAAAGCAAAAAGAAAGGGUACUAGUUGAAUAGUUUUGCUGCCUGAAUGUAUGUAUAUUGAGUGCAGUUCUGAGAUGUAGUGGGGACAUGUACAUUCCUUGCAAACAGUAAUGAAGCACUGUUUGCUUGAGAUCGAGAAAUAAGUCUUUUUUCUUGACGUUGCUCUUUAUAUUGUCGAUCCUCAGUUCCCAUCUUCCAGGCAUCUCCUCUGUUUCUUCA